AUGAAAAAACAUUACAAUAAAGGAACUUUGGUUUCAAAAAUUUUCAAUGGCGUGAAAAAGAUUGUUAAUAAGAAGCCGAAGCCUACAUGUCAAGCUUCAGGAUGCUACAAUCUUUGCGCGAGUCGAAAGGAUGUUUAUUGUACUAGAUGCAUUAAAUAUCCUCCUCCUGUUCAAAAUAUCUAUAUACCUCCUGUGACUGUUAAUCCGACUCCCCCUCCAUCUCUCGUUACUGUUGCGCAACCUGCUGUUAAUCAACCUAUUGUGACCGCUAAACUGACUACUCCACCACCACCUCCUGUGACUGUUAAUCCGACUCCUCCACUUCCCGUGAAUGUUAAUCAACCUAUUGUGACUUCUAAAUCGACUACUCCCCCACCUCCCAAGCUAAAUCAAAUAUUCUCAAAUUCGGUGAUCAAAAAGACUGAAAUGAAGUUAUUGAAAACAAGUGAUUCUGAAUAUAAAGAUGCCCUACAAUCCUUCCGUAUGGGACUUCCCAAUAAUACUAUUCUUGGAAUAUUCAAGUUAAACAUGCCGACUCAUCUUGUGAAAGCUCAUAACGAUUACAAAGCAAAAUAUUCUUAUCCAAAUGUUAGAGCAUUUCAUGGAACAAAAUGUGUAUGCGGUCCUCAACGGUUUGUUUCCAAUCCAAAAGCUGAGUUUUGCAGAUCUGGGUGUGGUGCAUGUGGGAUCGCACAAGAUGGAAACAAGAUAAGAUUUUCUGGUGAUGGGAAAUUGUGGUUUGCCAACAAUUCGUCCGUUUCACUUGGCUAUUGCAGUUAUGGCUAUAAUGCGUCGUAUGGGUAUGGAAAGAAUGGGGCAUAUGGUGCCACGGCAAAUACCAUGUUCAUCGUCGAUCUCAUUACUAAUCUGUCUGGCCCAGUUUAUAUUCUUGAUAGUGAAGCGGUGUAUAUUGACCUACUGAGAGUGGGCUUCAAACCAGCUUCAAGCGAGAACGCUGUUAUAGCCGAUGUUGAAGUCACCAACUUUGCGGACAAUUAUAUUUUCCCUCAUAUUAAUCGUAAAAUCCUUUCAAAUGCGGAGUUUGGUGUCGGCAAACUUCAACACAUCUCGGAUCCUCAAGUUUUCAAUGGUUUUCAGGUGACAGGCACAGCCGAGACUUUUACUGACACAUUUGUGAAUGAUCUACUCCGUAUCGUUAAACUGAAUCACUUUCCCUUGAUGAUCAGAAAUCACCCGCUAUGUAAACUAUAUAUUGAAGGCGAGCCCUGCAUGUCCUCAGAACCCGAGUUUGUGGUGCAAAGGCAAAAAAUUACUGUUCUUGUGGUAGAGGACAAACACCUGAAAAAUGUCGGGUAUGCUACUGACUUUGGAGAAUCACAGAUCGCUGCGGUGAUUCUUUCUUGUGAUAGUGAGAAUUUACGAUCUCUUGGAAAAGCACCUAGAGAUCAGACAAUAUGGGCUAUUCGUGUAAUCUCUACAUAUGUUACCUUUUAUAAAGCUACGAUUACUGCAAUGUAUUGGAUGGAACUUGCAAACGGCCCACCGAAAGAGGAGGCAGUUAAGGUUCAAAGGUGGCCAGCUGAGAAUGGUCUGAAGACUGGUUUCGAUCUCGCUGAACCGGACGGCAGACGGACAGUGUUGACAGCAUUGGUCAAAAUUCGUGAAUCACUCUUACAAGAAGAAGACAAAGA